CAUUUUAGCAUCAGGAUCAAGCAGCUAGCAGAGAAAAUAAUCACCCCGAACCCAAAUCAUAUCAUAAAUCGUUGUUAAUUUUGAAACAUAAACGACCAAAACAAAGUAGAUAUAUAUCUACAUACUGCCAAAAAGAAAGUGAUAUAAUGAAAGUAACAACAACUAAUACCUGUGACAAGAAACAUCGAAAAUUAAGAAGGUUUUUGAAACUCAACAACCACAAUGUUGCAGUGUCUGCCAUGACGCCAUGACCAAGUAAAAUAAAUGGACCAAAUUAUUCUGAUCUCUUCAUUUAUGGAUGCUAGCUGGCCUAAUUUUAAACUGGAUAGAAAAUUUUGAAGAUUGUGGACAUCCAUUUAUGUUAAAGAUACAUACUUCACCAGGACCACUUGAAAUAACAAAAUGGCUACUUUUGACAGCGUUGUGGUGGAGGACCGUGUGAACUGCAAGCUAUGUCCAAUGGAAUUUAUGAGUUCAGAAUUUUGGAAAAACCAUAUGAUUCAUUACCACGGGUACGGUUGCCUACAUGACAAGGUGUACCAGUGCAUCUGCAAGUAUGAAUCCAUCGACAACGUAGAACAGCUCCAGGAACAUUUAAGCAAAAGAAACAAGUGCGCAGAUCAAGUUCUAUCAAGUUAUUUGAGCUUGAAGAGUUUGAAGAACAAUGCUAAUGUUCGUUUCCGGUGCUGCGAAGAAGAAUUUUGUUCAACUAACGAUUUCACCAAGCACCUAACUGAACAGCACAUGCGAGCCUUCAGAUGCAAAGUUUGCCAACUCGUUUCCUAUAAAAAAAGUGAUAUUGAACAGCACGUCUUUAACCAUCCUGUGACGGGAAACGUUUUCAGUUCUCGAUUCUGCAACUUCAAAUCUUCGUCUCAAACAGCAGUCGAGAAACAUGAAACAACUCAUUCAGGCGUAUAUUGUUGCCACACUUGCAAAGUGCAGUUCAAAAGCCAGUGCGCAUUGGGCAAACACCAAAUGAUCCACGAAGAAGGUUCCACCAUCCGUUCAAGCGCGAGUUAUUACAUAGAAAAAUUCAUUUGCAACCUUUGUAUGUGCAAAUUUGAGUCUCGGAACGAGCUGAGGAAUCACAACCCAAAUAUCUACUUUCCAGACACCAAUGCAAAUGCAAACAUUUUGGUGGCCGUCAAAGAAGAACCUGCAGAGUUCGAUGCAAGUAUGGAACAUCAACUGACGCCAACCACUGAUGUAACGCACGAUCCCAAUUUUUGGACUUGCUGCCACUGCCUGUAUAAAAGUUAUGACAAGCUUCAAGCCGAAGCCCACUCGCUCAUGCACAACACUGCCUGUUGCCUUCAGUGUGAUUUCAAAUCCCAAACCAAAAAGCUCUGUGCAGAACACUCACACUAUCCCGAGAUGCACGCCAAAAGGAAACCACACAAGGUUGUGCUCAAAAAGUACCAAGUGAACCAAGCCAGGUGCCCUUGCUUUGUCUUCAGGUACGCGUGCAGCAACUGUCCGCUGGUUUUCAACGAGGAAAAAACCGCCUCUGUCAUCAACUCUUACUUCUACUGCACGCGCUGUCCGUUCACUUCUCUGUCCAGAACCUCCCUUCAGGCCCACAAUCUGUCCCACAGCGACCUGGACGUCUGCUUCGGCUGUCCGAUCUGCCCUGACGAAACCUUCUACAACCUGGGUGACCUUGAAACCCACCUGGAUCAGCCCCAUUCUCUGUACAGCCUCGCGAGCUGCAUCGUCAAGGGGCUGGAGCAAACAUCCUGGAAGUGCGACCGGUGUCCCGCCGUGGGCCGCACCGGCUUGGUCACCCACAUGAAGGACCAUCCCAAACUGAUCUGCCCGCUGUGCCUCAGCGUCCUGGACCCGGACGAGGCCAAGGAGCACCUGACGAGAAAGACGGUGAAGAAACUGCCGUCGUUCAUUAUCACCACCUGCUGCAAGGGCUCGCCCUCCUUGGAGGCCUAUCAGUGCACCUUUUGUCCGCGGGCCUUCUACCACUCGACAGACGUGGACGAGCACGUGAUCAACGAUCACAAGAACCGCUGCAAGUACUGCGCCUCGAUGUUUGGAACGCGGCUUGAACUGAUGGAGCACCUGAGGAGCCACAAUGAGGUGCAGAAUCAGUUCACGUGCGAAAAGUGCUUCUUCGUGAUCAUGGACAGAGAAAAGCUGCUCAAUCACCAGAAAAACUGCAACCCAAAGGGCAGAAAAGAAUGCAUUUGCAAAAUUUGCAAGAAAAAAUUUGCGUUCGAGGAGGACAAGCGGACGCACGAGGAAAAAGAACAUUUUCAGGGUGCAUCUCACGUGUGCCCUAUUUGUGGAAUGAAGCACAGGAGCCAACUGGUGUUGCUUAACCACGUGAGGUAUUUGCACCGCUUACGGAACCCACAGAACUCGUGUGAUUGCACUCACUGCAAAAAUACUCCUUUGGACGAGUGUUUUGCAGAAGACUUACUGCAUUUCUGGACCUGCAGCCUCUGUGGGGAGAUUUUUACGCAUCAAGCCAGCCUAGAAAAGCAUCAAGAGCAAAAUCACAACCGCGGGCCUUGGUUUUGUCUCAAGUGCGACAUCAUCUACAAAGACAUAAAAUUUUUCGUCGCACAUGUCAAAAGCCACGAGAUUUGCAAAGUGUAAUGAUUAAUGAUGAACCUCCAUUAUUAUAUUUCAUAUUGAUGGAAAUGACAGAAAUGAAAAUAUCACCAAUUGAAAGUUAUAUUGCCGCUUUAAAUAUUUCAAUCAACCUGAAGAUCAAGUUGUUUUUAUAUUUGCAUUUUUUUCUUCAAGAUAAUAUGGGCGU